AUGAGCGGGGCUGGAAACAAAAAGAAGCGUUCAGAAAUCGGGGAGCAGGAACUCGGCAUCGGCCUGACCCGCCUGAGCCACGCAGGAGCCGGCAGCGGUGCUGUGCCUGGGCCCGGCCGCCCUGCGCCGGGCGGGGCGCCUCGAGCCGAGCCACCGCCGGAGGCCACGAGCGAGCGCCUCGCCCGGGCCCGGCACAGCCGCUCGCGGGGCGGCCGCAGGGAGCCGCGCCGGGGGCGCCCGGGAGGGGAGGCGAGGACGGCGCUGAGACGCGCGGGGCCACUAAGGGGACGAGGCGGCGCCGCGGGAAGCGCCGGGCCCUCCGCAGCCAUGGCCGGCCCGCGCCGCAGCCUGGCAGAGGUGCAGCGGCGGGUGGCGGCGGUGCACGGCCGCACGGCGCUGAGCGACCAGCUAGGCUCCUACGACCGGUGGGCCGCCGACUACGAGCAGGACGUGUCCGUGCUGCAGUACCGCGCGCCGCGCCUGGCCGCCCGCGCCCUGGCCGCCGCCUCCCCCGCGCGCCCGCGGGACACGCUGGUCCUCGACGCGGCCUGUGGCACCGGGCUCGUGGCCCAGGAGCUGCAGGGGCUGGGGUUCAGCCGCAUGCACGGAGUGGAUGGCAGCAGGGGCAUGCUGGAGAUUGCACGCCAGAAGGGGCUAUACCAGGAGCUGAAGCACUGUAUUCUGGGCCAGGAGCCCUUGCCACUGCCCACAGGCCAGUACGAUGCAGUAAUCAUUGUAGGGGCACUCAGUGAAGGGCAGGUGCCCUGCAGCGUGAUCCCAGAGCUGCUCCGUGUCACGAAACCAGGAGGGUUCUUGUGCCUGACCACAAGGACCAAUGUGACAAACCUGCAAUACCUGGCCAAGCUGCAGGGGAUGCUGGAGGACCUGGAGGAGCAAGGCCUGUGGGCAAAGGUCUCUACCCAGGAAGUUGAGAAAUGGGAGAAGGCAACUUCGGGGCAGGAGAGCACCCAGAACUCAGACUACAUCUCUGGGGUGGUGUACGUGUACCAGAAGUGCUGAGGAGCCAGGGCCAUAGAGGGUCUGUCUUCUCUUGCCUCUGCAAACCUACAGAGUCCAUGUAUAGUCUCUCUGGUCCUGCUGAACAGAUAGUCUGGGGUGGAUCUCAGUUGGAUGGGUAUCAACAUACUCUGGAUGGUGCUCUGUCCAGCUGACAUCUGGGAACAUACAAAAAGCUGAUUCAUCAACAGGGCAGCCUGUUUCCCCAAUCGUACCUACUGUGCCACCCCAGUGAUUCUCCAGCUGCCAUCUCUCCUCAGCUUCCUCUCUUCACCUCCCAGCUCAUGUUCCUGGUAGUACCACCAGGCUCAGUCUUCCCCAACUCAAAUACCAGGUGUGACCAUCUCCUACCCUUCCUCCCUUUAUCUCCCAGGUCACUAAGUGAGCCAUCACAACCUCCACCUGGUGCCAUCCUCCAGCAGCACUAGACUAUUUUUUUUAAAUAAAACCUUUUAUGUUCCAAGCCAAAUCAACCAAAUCAAUUCCAAAUCCGAGAGUCAUUCAAGAGUCAUUCCAUAUGUGGCCCUACUACCGGCAAACAUCCGCCACCCCUACCAGGGGCUUCAGAUGUUUCCAAAUCAUUUCGCAAGCAUCCUAUGUGCAGGCCCAAGCCUGGAGACUUGGGGUUCGAAUGUCCCUGGGUUUCACUUGCCCUCAGCAGUGCGGCUGCAGGAGCAAGCUAGGGAGGAGUCUCCCAUUUCCAUAAAGUGGGCAUAACGCCGAGAUCUUCCCAAGGGUAAUGAACGUGGGAGGGUAACAUUACCUCUGCAGGUACUACCCCAUGCCAGAAAAGUGGUUAUCCCCUGUCCUUGGGAAAACCAUGGUGAUAAUGGUAUUUCCCCUGUGACCAUCUGGUCCAGCUCUAUUUAAAUAGCUCUUGCCAGUUUUCCAACAGCCUCUGCCAAGCUAGACCUUUGUGCUCCACCUUUUCUUCACCUGUGAGCUGCCUUAGGAUCUAGGUCUUAUGACUGCCUUGCCUCUCCCACUGCUUCUACAGAGAUUCCUCUUCAUCCUCUCUCCAGCUUUUGGGGGAAAUUAGGGGCAGCUCAGGACUCCUCAUCCCCACCCCUGUUCCCCAUUUCAAAUGAUCUCAGCCCAAGCCCUAGUUGGACUGGAAAACAGUAAAUAACAGCUCCCCAUUCACUUGUUUCAUACCAUUCAUAAUUUCAUAGGCCCCCAUCUUACCCCAACCCUCAGUUAUCCCUUUGCCAAGAUGAAGAGAUGGGGGCUUCUUGUUUUCUCAUCUAGAAGCUGCUCUGUACUAAAUCACCCCCUUGCCUUUCGUACCUUUUUGCACUGUACUCUCUGUUCUGUGAGAUGGGGUGACCAGAGCUUUCCCCGCAGCUCAGCUCCCUGCCACGCCCUUGCAUCUUUAAAACCACAGUCUCCCUUUCCUCCAGCCUUGAAGAUCCCUCUGGAUGACUUCAAGACCUGCUGCCUCUCCUCUGUCACUGUCUCCCCCUCAGCAAUAGCUGGGCAUGUGGGAUGGUGAGACUGUGCCCGUCUGCCUUGGUGCCCAGGACUGUCUCUGUUUCCCUAUUUGCAUUCUGCUGUUGUUAUCUUUGUCAGAUACCGAGUCUGUAAGCAUUUUGGGGCAGGGAGUGCUCUGUUCAGUGCCCGCUGCAAUGGGGCCUCUGAGUGCUACAGCAAUACAACUAAUGAUCCUAAAGCACCACCUCAACAAGUCUAGACUGUUGGUACUUUAUCUUUGACGCCAUGUUCAAACUGGCCUGGGAAAGGGGUAGUAGCAAUGAGUAACGGGUGGCUGGACCAGUCACUAGUCCACUUAGACAGUCACACUUUAAAGCCUCUCUACUUUGCCUAUCCUUGGUCCUCUUGUCCCCCAAAGUUACUGUCCCCUGCCAAAGCAGUUCCUCUCUAACAGAAAGACAAAACACCAGCAGCAGCUUCCCUCAGCUGAGCUCAGUGUCAUCCCACUGGGCAACAUGUCACCAAGGAUCAUGGUUUUCUUUGUUUAAAAAUUGCAAAUUCUCUGAUAACCCCCAAAUUCUCUGAUUUAAGAAACCCUAAAUCCACAUUUUUCCACAGUUAAAAUUAAAUGCCAUUGUCUCUCAAUUUAACACAAAGUUUUAUUCAAAUAUCAAAAACUUUAAAGCAAUUUGGAAGCCUACCAGUGCCUCAAUCAUUAUAAUAAAAUACAUUCUAAAUACCUAUA